CGUCGGUGCGUGCGCGCCGAGACGUUCCGCCGGGUGGCAGUCCCCUCGGAGUUUGCGGGUGCGGGCGGGACCGGGUUUCGUCCGCGGGCCCGGGGGCGGCGGGGGCCGCGGAGUGAGGGGCCGGCUGAGCCCACCUCGCUGGGCCCUCCCUGGCGCCCCGCGUUGGGCGGCGGCGAGCGCGCGGGCCGCCAUGUCGUACAUGCUCCCGCACCUGCACAACGGCUGGCAGGUGGACCAGGCCAUCCUCUCGGAGGAGGACCGCGUGGUCGUCAUCCGCUUCGGCCACGACUGGGACCCUACGUGCAUGAAGAUGGACGAGGUCCUGUACAGCAUCGCCGAGAAGGUUAAAAAUUUUGCAGUUAUUUAUCUUGUGGAUAUUACAGAAGUACCUGACUUCAACAAAAUGUAUGAGUUAUACGAUCCAUGUACUGUCAUGUUUUUCUUCAGGAACAAGCACAUCAUGAUUGACUUGGGGACUGGCAACAACAACAAGAUUAACUGGGCCAUGGAGGACAAGCAGGAGAUGGUGGACAUCAUCGAGACCGUGUACCGCGGGGCCCGCAAAGGCCGCGGCCUGGUGGUGUCCCCCAAGGACUACUCCACCAAGUACCGCUACUGAGGCGCCCUCAGUCUGCGCGGAUAGAUGUCGUGGAGCCCUUUUUGUGUGGAAACGUUUUAAGCUAUUUAAAGCCUUUGGAAAAUACAGGAAGCUCCAGGGCUGGAGGACCUCUGAGAUGGAAUUGAUUACAUGGUCUUAACUCACCGAAAUAAACAAGCACGUGGUGAGAGGAGCAGGCCUACUUGUUUGUUCUCAGGAAACUUAAUGAAUAGGUUACUGAUUUUCCUAGUCAAAGUUAAUUCUUAUCCUUGGAGUAAAACGAAGGUGUUUAUCCUGUGAGGUUGUGCAUUUUGCAUACUUGAUUAGUUUGCUGGGGCUGCGGUGACAGCAUGGCACGAGCUGGGCCUUAACAGAGAUGUAUGCUCUCAUAGCUUUGCAGGCAGAGGGUCCGAGAUCAGGACGUCGCAGGGUGGGUUACUACUGAGGCCGUGAGGGGAAUCCGCUCAGGCCUCUCCCUGGCUUCUGGGGGCUGCUGGUAGUCUUUUCAGUUCCUUGUUGUGUGGAUGCUUCGCCCCAUCUCUGCCUUCACCUGUGUCCUCCCUGUGUGGGUGCUGGUGUCCAAAAUUUCCCCUUUUCGUAAUGACACCAUCUGUGUUGGAUUCGGGCCCACCCUGCUCCAGCAUGGCCUAAUCUUAACUAAUUACAUUUGCAAGGAUCUUAUGUCCACAAAAGUCACAGUCUGAGGUGCUGGGGGUUAGGACUUCAAUAUAUAAAUUUUGCGGUUACACAGUUCAAUCCAUGACAGAAUCCAAAGGCUUACUCUUACUCUGGUUAUAAAAACAGUACAAUAAAAUAUUGUUUAUAGCCUUCCCUGUAAGGAAUAGGAGAGCUAUUUUUUAUUCUUCCCAAGAUUGUAUUUGAUGUAAACAUAUUUUCUGUAGAAGCCAUGGCCCUUCAGUUCAUAUAGUUAGAAAAUUUCCUUAUUGGCCAGGCACGAUGGCUCACACCUGUAAUCCCAACACUUUGGGAGGCCACGACGGGCAGAUCAGGAAGUCAGGAGUUCGAGACCAGCCUGGCCAACAUGGUGAAAUCCCGUCUCUACUAAAAAUACAAAAAUUAGCUGGGCAUGGUGGCGCGUGCCUGUAAUCCCAGCUACUUGGAAGGCUGAGGCAGGAGAAUUGCUUGAACCCGGGAGGUGGAGGUUUCAGUGAGCCAAGAUUGCACCACUGCACGCCAGCCUGGGCAACAGAGCAAGACUCCGUCUCAAAAAAAGAAAAGAAAGAAAAUGUCCUUAUUACAGUCUCAGGUUUCUCUAGCCCUCUCUCAUCCUAGCAGUGUGGAUGAUUGGUUGGGAUCUUCGUGUCCCAUCUCAGCACACUCACGCUCUGAAGUGAAAUUGAGGAAGGGCAGGGAUGGGGGCACCUGAGCACACCCUGGGCCCUCUGACCUCAGACCCUGGCUCUGCCCCACCAAGUGACCUUGGGCAGGGUACCUUCUCUGAGCUUCCGUUUCCUCCUUGGUAAAGGCGGAUAAUAGUGUCUGCCCUGCAGAGAUUUGAACUUGGAAGCACAUGGUGCCUACUGGGCACAGGAGUGGUGCACAGGGCUCACUGCUGUCGGGAGAUUGAUUGCUGUUGUGGAAACAGGAGGGUACUUACAGAAUGAAGCACAUUUUUUACAUACACUACAAAUGAGUGUGUGCUUUUUAAAUGGAUUUAAAAUUCAAAUGCAAAUCUGCAGUUUAAUCUCCCAAGUGCUGAUUUUUCCAUCUAUAAAGUAGGAGAGUGUAACACCGCAUCAGAGUGAGGGGCUAGGGAGAGCGUGUAUGGGACCUCGAGUACCUGGCAUGUAACAGACACUCAGUGUUACACUCCUGAUAUUUCUCCGGAGCAGGUGAAACAGACGGCCAGGAAGCACACGAAAAGACACUCAACAUCACUGCUUGUUAAGGAAAUGCAAAUCAAAACCACAGUGAGACGCCACUUCACACCCACGAGUUCGGCUAGAUACAAAAAGUAGAUCACAACAAGCGUCUGCAAGGAUGUGGAGAAAUUGGAACCCUCACAUACUGCUGGUGGCAAAGUGGUAACACAGGCAGGCAGGUCGUCAAAAAGUUAAACAUGGGCCGGGUGCAGGUGUCUCAAGCCUGUAAUCCCAGCACUUUGGAAGGCUGAGACAGGCAGAUUGCUUGAGCCCAGGAGUUCACGACCAGCCUGGGCAACCUGGUGAGACCCUGUCUCUACAAGAAAUACAGAACAAUUAGCUGGGCAUGGUGGUGCGUGCCUGUGGGCCCAGCUACUCGGGGGGCUGAGGCAGGAGGAUCACUUAAGCCCCGGAGGUCAAGGCUGCAGUGAGCCAUGGCUGUGCCACUGCGCUGCAGCCUGGGCAACUGAGCAAGACCCUGUCUCAAAAAAAAGAAAAGAUAAACAUGGUGUUACCGUUUGACCCAGCAGUUUCAUACCCAGGAGAAUUGAACGCAUAUGUCCACAUAGAAACUAUACACAGAAGCCAAAAUGUGGAAACCCACGUGUCCAUCAACAGAUGAAUGGUUAAACAAAAUGUCCAUCCAUAGAAUGGAAUAUUAUUCAGUCAUAAACAGAAUGAAGUACUGACACAUGCCACAACGCGGGUGAACGUUGAAAUCAGUAGGUUAAGUGAAAAGCCGGUUACCACAUACUGUGCAAUUCCAUUUAUACGGAAUUUCUAGAAUAGGCACAUCCAUAGAGACAUUAGUGGUUGCUUAAGACUGGGAGGAAGGGGGAAAUAGGAGGUGACAGCUAAUGGGCAGUUUUAUUUUUGACGUAAUGAAAAUGUGCUUACAUAAGCUGAGCAGGCAUAAAAAGAAAAAGUGCCCUAAGAUUGUGAUAAUGGUACAAUUCUGUCAAUUGCAUCAUUGGUGGAUGAUGUGUGAAUUAUGUCUCUUAUGAUAACAGCUUUACUGGCGUUACCAGAAAAAGAUAAAACAAUUACAUUCCA